AUGGCGGAGCUCCGUGAGUUCAUGGAGGUGGUACAGAAGAAAGUGGUGAAACCCUUGAUGGAGCGCACCCGAGUGGUGCACCAGCAGAUGAACAUGGUCGAGGACUUUGGACAUGAUGUGGGUGGCGAAGUCGUGGAGAAAGCAUUCCGCUCGUUCGAGUGGCCUUUGCAGAUCAACAUGGACGUCAUGGAGGCCGACCGCCAGUUGAACAAAGACAAGAUCGCCUUUAUGGAGCAGCUCCAGCGCGAAGUGGAGGAGUACCAGAAGGACUUCCAGAAUUACUCUGCCGAAUUGGAAUGGGUCAAGGGCCUGGACUCCUACGCCGUGGCCGGCCAAGUGGCGCAGAAGAUCUUCUCGCUACAGGACAAUCUCGUCAGAGCGACGGAGAGGGUCAAGUCUUUCUCUGACCGGGAGAAGCUCUUUCAGAUCGACCAGCGCGACUAUUCUGAUCUCGAAGUUCUCCAGGAUGAGUUCAAACCCUACUUCGACCUCUGGUCCAUGGCCAUCGACUACAAUGGGUGUGAGGAGGAAUGGCUGAGCGGAAAGCUUGCAAACUUGACAGCCAACGAAGUGGAGCAGACCGUCGACGACAACUUCAAGGAUUCAUACAAGGCCUUCAAAUCCUUCGAGGGGUCGCCGAAUCCACAAAAGGUGGCUCAGGAGCUCAGAAGCGCAGUGCAGGCCUUCAAAAAGAACAUGCCCAUCAUCCAGGGACUCUGCCAGCCGGCCAUCAAGACCUCGCACCUCCUUCAGCUCUUCGAGGAUAUGGAUGUUGACAUCGAUAUGGAGGAUGGUCUGACGUUGACGAUGUGCUUGGAGGCAGGUAUGCUCAACCACAUCGACAAGGUGGAAGCCAUCAGCACGUCGGCUCAGAAGCAGCAUGGGUUGAAGGUGGCACUCCAAACCAUGAAGAACGAAUGGAAGUCGAUGGCGUUUGGAACCCUGCCCUACAAGAACACGGGCACAUUUCUUCUCAAAGGAGCUGAUGAUGUGCAGGCUCUCCUGGACGAUCACAUCAUCAAGACCCAGGCCGUUCGAGGCUCGCCCUUCGUCAAGCCCAUCGAGAAGGAGGUCAAGGACUGGGAAGCCAAGCUCAUCUACAUCCAGGAUUUGCUGGAACAGUGGCUGAUGGUUCAGAGGACAUGGCUCUACCUGGAGCCAAUCUUCAGCUCUGAGGACAUCGUCCGACAAAUGCCCGGGGAAGCCAAAAAGUUCCAAAAUGUGGACAAGCUCUGGCGUGACACAAUGGCCGCAGUGGAUGAGAAUCCGACAGUCUUGGAUGUGACAGAAAUCGAGAAUUUGCUGGUCAACUUUACCGAUGGCAACAAGAAGCUCGACCAGAUCCAGAAGUGCUUGAACGACUACUUGGAGACGAAGCGACUGGCCUUCCCUCGAUUCUUCUUCUUGUCCAACGACGAGCUGUUGAUGAUCCUGUCCCAGACCAAGGACCCGACGGCCGUGCAGCCGCACAUGGGCAAGUGCUUCGAAGGCAUCAACAAAGUUCGCUUCGAUGGAAAUUCUGAAAUCAUCGAAGCGAUGCUGUCCGUCGAGGGUGAAGUGGUGGAGCUCAUCAGCCAGGUCAACGUCAACGAGGGCGAGAAAAAGGGCAACGUGGAGCGCUGGCUGCUCGAAGUGCAGGAAUCCAUGAUCAAGACCUUGACCAAGAUCAUGGGGGACUCCGUCCGUUCCUAUGCAGAGACGCAGCGGGGCAAGUGGGUCCUUUCCUGGCCAGGGCAGGUUGUCAUCGCAGUCGACAAUAUUUAUUGGACGCAAGAGGUGGCGGAAGCAAUCGACAAGGGGAAGUUGGACAACUAUUACCAGACCUGCGCGUCGCAACUCGCGGACCUGGUGGAGCUGGUCCGCGGUGAGCUCUCCAAGUUGGAACGGAAGACGCUCACGGCUAUGGUGACCAUUGAUGUCCACAAUCGGGACGUGGUGGGCAGCCUCCGCGAGGCCAAAGUCGCUUCGCCGAAGGACUUUGACUGGAUGGCACAGCUGCGCUACUACUGGGCCCCCACCGGUUCCAUCAUCAUGUAUGAGACACAGAAGCCAAGCACUGUGGACAACUGCCAGGUGUCCAUCAUCAAUGCCACGCUUCUGUACGGCUUCGAGUAUCUGGGCAACAGCGAUCGCCUGGUCGUCACGCCUCUGACAGACAGGUGCUACAGGACAUUGAUGGGUGCCUUCCACCUCUUCUAUGGGGGUGCCCCAGAAGGGCCUGCAGGCACUGGCAAGACAGAGUCCACGAAGGACUUGGCCAAAGCGAUGUCGGUCCAAUGUGUUGUCUUCAAUUGCUCCGAUGGGUUGGACUACUUGGCCAUGGGCAAGUUCUUCAAAGGUUUGGCAUCUUCAGGAGCAUGGUGUUGCUUCGAUGAGUUCAACCGCAUCGAUUUGGAGGUCUUGUCUGUCAUCGCGCAGCAGGUGGCCUGCAUCCAGGAAGCCAUCCGCAUGAAGAAGCGCCGCUUCAUCUUCGAAGAGACGGAGCUGGAGUUGAUUCCAACCUGUGCCGUCAACAUCACCAUGAAUCCUGGCUACGCAGGACGUUCUGAGUUGCCCGACAACCUGAAGGCUCUCUUCCGCCCCUGUGCUAUGAUGGUGCCGGAUUAUGCCCUGAUUGGGGAGAUUGUGCUUUACUCGGUGGGCUUCGGGAAUGCCAAGCCUCUGGCGGCCAAGGCAGUGGCUUCGCUUCGACUCGGCUCCGAGCAGCUCUCCUCCCAGGACCACUACGACUUUGGCAUGCGUGCGCUUAAGUCAAUCCUCGUGGCGGCUGGUCAACUUCGCAAAAAGUUUGGCAGCACCCGGGCGGAAGACAUCUUGAUGUUGUCGGCUCUGAACGACGUGAACCUGCCCAAGUUCACUUCCAAUGACAUCCCGCUAUUCUUGGGAAUCACCGGCGACCUCUUCCCAGGCGUGAAGCUUCCACCGUCAGACUACGGCAAGCUCAUCAACGAGUUGGAAGGUGCUGCCCGUGCGCGGCAUCUGCAGCCCAAGGCCUCCUUCAUCCACAAGUGCACCCAGCUGUGGGAAACCAUCAUGGUGAGGCACGGGCUGAUGAUUGUGGGCAUGAACGUGUCCGGCAAGUCCGAGGUGGAGAAUGUUCUUGCGGCUGCCUUGGCAGCUGUGGCGGACGGUGACCUCUACCUGCCGUGCCAGAUCCACAAGAUCAAUCCAAAGUCUAUCAAGCAGGGCCAGUUGUACGGCGAUUUCGAUGAGAACACCCACGAGUGGACGGAUGGAAUUCUGGCGCUGACAGUCCGCUAUACCGCCAACGCCGAUCCGAGCCACCGUCAGUGGAUCAUGCUGGAUGGGCCCGUGGAUGCUGUGUGGAUCGAGAACAUGAACACGGUCCUCGAUGACAACAAGAAGCUCUGCCUCAACAGCGGCGAGAUUAUCAAGCUGAGCCCGGUGACCACGAUGAUGUUCGAGGUGGAGGACUUAUCCGCUGCCUCACCGGCCACGGUGUCACGUUGUGGCAUGGUCUUCAUGGAGCAGGCAACCGUCCCGCAGCGCGACCGCGUUUUUGCCUUCCGGGAUUUCGUGGUGCGGACUUUCGAAGAGGAGCUUCGCAGCGGACCUGUCUUGGACAUGGCCGGAGGAAAGGGCGACCUGUCAUGGCUUCUGGUAAAUGCAGAUGCUGCCGACGCAAUUGUUGUGGAUCCGCGAGUGACGGACCACACAAAGAUUUCACGCACUGCUAUGUGGCAUUUUGAGACUCGUGACUGGGACAUCGGCGAUCUCAGAACCGAACGUGGGCCUCAAGGGCCCCUUCGUGCUCUGCGCUUGGAGCCGCCCUUCGCAGUGCCGCGGCAUCUCCGCGUCUUCAUGGACCAGGACCUGCUCGCAGCUCGGCAGUCCGCCGCCUGGGAGGACUUCUGGACACAGGCGUCCAACAAGGCAGAAGCACUCACAGAAAGAGGAGCAGGACACCACCAAUCCUCGGAGCAGGCACGGAGUCAAGGAGUUUCGCGUGCCCAACGUAUCCAAGAUCCGGCAGAGGCCGCGACUGUGUUGGAGUCUUGCAGCCUCAUCCUUGGAUUCCAUCCCGACCAGGCAACAGAGCCUGCUGUCGACCUCGCGGUACAACAGCAGAUUUCCUUCGCAGUGUGUCCGUGCUGUGUCUUUCCGAAAGAAUUCCCGCAGAGAAAGCUGUGUGGUCAUCGCGUGAAGACCUACCCAGAAUUUAUCGAGUAUUUGCGCCAGAAGCACCCCUCCAUGCGCACUGUGGAUUUGGCCUUUGAGCCCGAGGGCGGAUAUGCAAGAAGUACCGUUCUUUACAUGAAGGAUUGCGGCGAGCAGUUGAAAGGUCUUUUUGAAGCAAACAUCGACCAGUGCUGGGAGAUGUGCCAGCGAAAGAUCAAGACGCCAGUGCCCGUCACGCAGAACUGGCUGGUCUGCAGCCUGCUCAAAUUGCUGAUGGCGCUGCACUUACAAAGGCUAUAA